CCAAUUUGAAUAGAAACCCAAAACAAUUCUUUAUUUUCUCAAUUCUCCUUCGCAAUAAUAAAGUAAACAAUAAUAAUAAUUAAAAAUGUUUCGAAGAGUUAGUAAACUAUCACUUUUAUCAACAAAAGACGAUAGAAUUAAAGCUAUAAAUGAACGAAUCAAUUUAACCGAAAAACAUUUAAUUGAACUUUGUACGAAUUUUGCUUCUUGCACAAGAAAAUUGGCUAAGUGCCGAAAUUCUUACGAUGAACUUGCUAAAGGUUUUAAAUCAUUUUCCGAGGAAGAAGACGUCAAUGAGAGUCUAUGUGAAGGUCUUAAGAGUUUUACUAAUUCAAUAACAAUUAUGGCUGAUUAUAUCGAUAUUGUGGUGCAUCGAAUGGAGUUAAAGAUUGUCAAUGAACUAUCACAAUUUGAGAAUAUCUGCAAGGCAACACGGGAAAAUCUACGCAUAGCAGUCAUAGCCCGAGACAAGGAAGUCCUUCGACAAAAACAAAUGAUGGAAAUUAAGUCCAAGUUCUCUGCUAACACGUCGGCUGCUGAUUCUGAACUCAUCAAAGCCAAGCUCGAAGUUAAUCGAACGAACAAAGAAAUCGAUGAAAUCAUUAAUAAUUUUGAAAAACGCAAACUAAACGAUUUAAAACAAAUUCUAAAUGAUUUUGUUCUUAUAUCAAUGAAGCAUCAUACAAAAGCUCUGGAAGUUUUAUCAGCAACUUGUUAUGAUAUUUCGAAUAUUGAUGAGAAACAUGAUUUGAAAGAAUUUCAAAAACUUAUGAAAAUUGAUCAAGAGUCGUCAUCAGCGAGUAGUAAUAGUAAGAAAAUAUCUUUAAAAUCUAAAGGUCUUAGAGCUGCACAAUCGAUGGAUAAUUUAGAUAGAGACGAUCUUAUGAGUCCAGCUAAGAAUAAGAAAAGAUUAUCGAGUAGCACUAAGAAUCUAUCAGCUGAAACUCAUACUGACGAUGAUAAUGAUGAUGACGACGAAGAUGAUGAGGAUUCUGAUGUCGAUUCAGUCGAGGAGGAAGAAGAAUCCCACAGCGAAAGUGGUCAAUCUGUCUCCCAAGAUCAAUCCGAAGAAUCUGAAUCUGAUAUUCCUGAAAAACCCAAGAAACUCAACUUCAGGAUUGCAAAACCAAGAGCAAAAACAUCAAUUGGAAUACCUAAACAAUCCCCCCCAUCAACAUCGAAGGUUUUCUCUGGUCGCAUGGUUACUACCGUCAGUGAGUCAAAAGGCGACCCACCAACUGCAGCAAACCGACAGACAAUCGAUUGCACCGGAAGAAAGAAAUCGAACCAAAACGAAUAAAUAAAAUAAAUAAACUUCUAUAAACUAA